AUGUUUUCUAAAACUCAUCAACAAUUAGGUAGAAAUGUACACCUUACACUUAUAAGAUCUAAAUCGGUGAUUCCAAAAGGUAAUCCAAAUGCAACUGUUCCUUCUGAUGUUUCAUUAUCAGGACGUAGAGUGAUGAGAAAAAUCAGACUUGGUAAAGCCCGUCCAGCUAUAUUUCAUCAAUUUGAUACACUUGUUGAAUUAAGUGAUGGAAGUGUUAUUAAAAGAUUCAGUCAAGCUCCAAAGGAUGAAAUUCGUAUGAUUAAUGAUCAAAGAACAAGUUCUUUAUGGAAUCCACAUCGUGACGAUUUGAAAAGUUCAGACUUGCUUACUGAAGCUGGUAAGAUUGGUAGAUUUAGAUCUAAAUAUGGUACUUCAUUUGAAGAUCAAGAAGAUAAGAAGGAUGAAAAGAGAACAGAAGAUAAGGAACUUACUGUUGAAGAAGAAGAGAAAUUAAGACAAUUAGAACAAGAAAAAACCAAAAAGAAGAAUGAUGAAUUGUUUGCAAUGAUGGGUGAAAAUGCUGAAGAAAUUGUUGGUGGUCAAUUGUAUGAUAAGAAAUCAGACAAGAAGAGAUUCAAAUAG